AGGGCCAUGCCUUAAAGGUACCUCGAAUUUUACUAGUCCCUUCGUUCAUCCUCACCUUUCUCCAUUUUUAAUCGCUGCCCCGAUGGCGACCCAACCUUUAGGCGAGGGUAAUCAGCAGCUGUGGGAUGAAGCUCUCAGUCGGAUUCUUAAUCUAUCCCGGGUGACGGUUAAGCGGAACGUCGAGUUGGAAAACACGGUUGCAAAGCUCCAAGCCGAGAUUGAGUUAUGGAAGGACCAUCACGCGACAAUGCAAAUGGAAGCAAAUGCGCAUAAAGUGCAGCUUGCGACGCUCAAUAAACAGGUUUCUAAUAUGGAUGUCUUUCGUGGGAGUCAAGAUCCACUCAUUCUUUGUGUUAUUAAUGGAAGCGCCUCAAUGUUCUGUACAAGCCUGCUCUCGCAAGGCUUUCGUGGCGGCAAUGAAGCGGCUAAGCAGCUGACCAAAGUUAUCGCGGAGUAUCUUGCCAAUGAGAGUGUACAGGUCGUACGAGGGCUAUCGUUUUGGGUUACUGUCUAUUUCAAUAAGUCGGAGGUUCUCAAUACUCUACUUGGUCAUGAGCUCUGCACGGAGGAGCAAUUUCAGUCCUUCUUAGCUGGCUUUAGCCAUGCAUCUCCGCGUUUCAUGGUCGUUGACGUUGGUUAUAAUACCGAAGAUGUCACUAUGAAAAUUCGAGAAUAUCUUCAGACUUAUGCUAAAUUACCUCUGACCCUUCGCAUGUUCUUCGGUGGUGUGCAGGAGCGGGAUAUUGCGUUUCUCCUUGAUGACCUGGCAAAAGAGCACCUCCUAGGCAAACUGGUGACGCUCAAAUCUGCAGGCGACUCCGGGAUGGCGCCGACCUUCUUCCUCCCUUCUUUACAAGAAGACAAUUUAUUCUUUAACAUGAACUCACUCCGGACUAUUCAGAAGCCGUCUCCGGGGCCUCUAACUGUGGGCCCCUUCAGCUCGGUCAUAACGAACGGAGGUCUUAUCAGCCCGCAGUCCCCCGAACGUGCUAUUGGUACAAGACUUAUUGAUCCGUCACUUCCUCUGCAUAAGCGUAUGUCUGGUCACCCUGGAACCCGCAUCUCAUUGACUGGUCACACAGAGUCACCGCCACCGUGUAACGAGCACUACCUAAUGACCUGCUCUAAAGGGAUUGCGGUGUGCAAGUAUUCGCACGAUUACAUCUUGACUCCGGAGCAGCUGGCCACACUGGCUAGCAAUGCUAAAAAAGCGCCAUGCAAUUGGCUUAAAAAUGGACUUCCAUGCCCAUACGGCGAGAGCUGUUGCUGGGGCCAUGUUUGCCCCAAUGGGCCCAAGUGUUUCCACCUGAGCAAGGGCAAGUGUUGGUUUAAAGGAGAAUCGAUGCACUCGCCUACAUCGCCUCGCGCAUAAUGAGCGAAUUGGACAGCAGGUUCUGGACAGCAGGCGGU